CGUCCCUGUAGUCUCUCUCUCUCUGGGGGGGUAAUUAGAAGUUUAAAGUCGGCCCUGCCGCUCUUUCUCCGACAUCAUUUCCCAGAGGUUGGUGUCGGUAACGGGCGCGGCGCCGGAGGGACCGGGAACCGAUAAAAACUACAGCCCCCAGCAUUCCAAGCGCCUUGUCAACAGCCAACGUGUGGGACGUCCCACCUUAGCCUGAGGAUGAUUGGUUGUUCUAUGUGACGUCAUUCCUAUUUCUUGGGUCCCAUUGGUCGCCGACGCUGCCAUUCACGCCUUUGCCCUUCUCCAGUCCCCGAGUGGCCUGGACCUUGGCGCACGCGGAGCUCUGGUUUAGUUGGUUAGGUUGAUAGUUAGUCACUAGUUACCGGGUGAAGAUGACGGAACCGGAGCCGGGUUCCCAAGUGGAGCUGCACGAGGGCGAGGAGAUCGUGGAGGUGAUCGAGCUGAACGAGGGUGAAGCGGCGGCAGGUGAUCUUGCCGAUGAGGCAGAGGAAGCGGAAGAUGAUGCUGGAUGGGAGACAGAGGACGAGGAUGAUGAGAGCAUGGAGGUGGUCCAGGACGACAGCGAUCUGACUUUCACCAGGCACACAGCUGUAUUCUGCUUGGGUUUGGACCCCAAGACCAACACUCUGGCAGUGUCCGGUGGUGAGGAUGAUAUGGCCUACGUGUGGAGAGUGAGUGAUGGUGAAGUGCCUGAGUGUACAGGCCACACUGAUUCUGUCACCUCGGCCUCCUUCAGUCAUGAUUCGGCUUUGGUUGUAACGGGAGACAUGAGCGGCUUGAUCAAAGUUUGGAAAGUUGAAACCAAGGAGGAAGUCUGGUCGUUCGAAGUAGGCGACCUGCAGUGGGUCGAGUGGCAUCCCUGUGCCCACGUGCUGCUGGCCGGCACAGAUGAGGGAAGCUGCUGGAUGUGGAAAAUCCCCAGUGGAGAAUGCAAAACCUUCCCAAGCACUGGUUGCCAAGCGACGUGCGGCAAGAUCCUUGCUGAUGGUCAGCGUGCAGUUGUUGGCUACGAAGAUGGAACAGUGAGGGUUUGGGAUUUGAAGCAGGGACACCACUUCCAUAGUCAAAGAGGUCAGGACAGUCACCAGGGGCCUCUGACCUGCAUCGCCGCCAAUGACAGUGGCCUGGUGUUGACUGGCUCUGUCGACUGCACAGCCAAACUCCUCAACCCACUCACAUGCAAAGGUGGUUGGUGUCUUUCAGUUCCAAGCAGCAUAAAUGAUCAUGUAGAAAAAGAACAAAUGGAUGAAGCAGAAUCUAACUCCAAUUCUGUGGAGUCCGUGGGGUUCUGUAAUGUGCUUCCAUUAGUUGCUGUUGGCUAUUUGGACGGUACCAUAGGGAUCUGGGAUGUUCCAUCGCAGACACUUCGACACAAAUGGCAGCUUCAGGCCGGCAUUGUACAGUUGCUGUGGGAGGAGCACUCGCCAAUUAUAUACACAGGAAGCCUCGAUGGAGCUGUGCGCAUCUGGGAUGCCCGGUCGGGAAGGAUGGAAAGCGAAUGCUGUGGGCACGCAGCGGAAAUCCUGGACUUUGUGGUGAACAAGGAGGCGUCAGUGAUCGUCAGUGCUUCAGGAGACCGGACUGCGAAAGUCUUUUACCUCCAGCGGCCGGAUCGGUAGGAUGCUUCCUCACCACCUAACCCCAUCUCACAGACUCUGCUGCUGCACACCUAACGGGACCUGGAGUGUGUAAAGGGCACGGUCCUUUCUGAAUGACUUUUAUAAAAAGGAAAAAUAAAACUUUUAUGCUUUUAAUUUCAAAAAGGAAAGUGACGUGACAGAGGCCGGGUUUCCCGUAGCAGUUGAUGAGUGCUGGUGUGGAAGUUCAGUUUGUACCGUUGGUGCUGGGGUUCCCAACACUGGUCCAUGUAAAUGAAAAAGUUUGAAGGGACAGUUACUGGAGCUUAACUCGUGCUGUAGCUGGACUGGGAGUGUUUGAUGGGGCAGUGUACAGAGACCUGUUCUGUCUCUGCCCCAGGAAUGUUUGAUGGGACGAUGUACACGGUGCCUUGCUGGGUGUUCAGCAUGCGUUCCCAGGAGUGGGAGGAAGCAGCACUAACAGGUGUCAGUAGAGCAUUAUCUAUAUAGAGAGAUGUUACAUACAGGGCUGUGGUCCUGGGAACUUGGUGUGAAGCUCUUCCCUCCCUGCUGCUGUGCAUUGCUGUGCUGGGAACUAACUCCCUCACAUCCCACCCCCCCCGACAGGUCACUCCCCUCCUUGCCAGCCUCCUUGUGUUUCCUAUUCACUGAUUUAUAGAAUAUCAAUAUUUUAUAAGUGGUUUCACCAAAUACUCAAUUAAGACUCGAUGUAGUUACAUGGAACGCUACCAAGAAGAUUCUAUGUUUAGUGCAGUGAAGCUCCGAUGAUCUGCAGUUAGACCAUGUGGAAAUCCCGAUGGCUCAGAGUCUGGCUCACCAGGUGAUGGUUGCUGAAUCCCCAUCCACCCAUCGGACCCUUCCUGUGCUUCCUUCAAACUGGCAUGGUUCUGUUGGCUGUGUUCCUUUGAAAUGUACUGUGUUCACUGGAAAAUUUAUUAUUCUGUGAUGUAACAUACUUUCUUUUUAAAAAAAAGUGAAUUAAAAGUGUAUUGGAGUACUAUUGAGAAUAACAUCCAAUGCUCUGGAAAAUCUGCUAGCAAGUCCCAAUUGUGCCGGAUUAAUGGAGUUCUACUGUAUUGCUAACAACUUGGGGCCAGCGCUGAGGGACACAGCCUGGGUAAACUGGAGGUACAGAUUCCUCUCCCGGUCGUUCAGAAGUUCAAGGGCUUUCUUCAGGUUGGAAAUGUUUUAGUCCCCUGCUCUCUUUGAGUUUGUGGGUAUUAAUUUUGUUGAAAUCAUUGCAAGAUUUGAAGGAUUGAAAUGUU